UUAUAUUGUCUAAACACAAAAGAACCAAAAUAGAGUAAUUAAAUUCAUAUUGUAACAGAAAUAAUCCAAAAUCUCAACAACAUGAAUCUUCAGUCCACCACCGUAUACCACUACAACAACCACCACUCAACACCCUCGAACUUAAUCUCUAACCUUACGCGUGUCACACUUCCUAAUUACACCAUCACUCCAAACAGAACCACCGUUACAUUUCAUAAUAACAAUAAUAUCAAUCAUAUUUCAAAAUCACUCCGCCGUGACAGUUCCGUGAUCGUAAACUCUUUCGGCGGAGGAGGAGAUAGAACGGAGAACGACACCUCAUCUCCGGCGAAGAAGCUCAGGCAACUUCUUGAAUCACCUGGAGUUCAUCAAGGACCAGCUUGUUUUGACGCUCUUAGCGCCAAGCUUGUUGAACGAGCCGGCUUUCAGUUCUGCUUCGCUUCUGGUUUUGGAAUAUCGGCUACACGGUUAGGCUUGCCGGACACUGGACUUAUAUCUUAUGGCGAAAUGGUGGACCAAGGACAACUGAUAACUCAGGCCGUGUCCAUUCCGGUGAUAGGCGAUGCGGAUAAUGGUUACGGAAAUGCCAUGAAUGUUAAGAGAACUGUUAAGGGAUAUAUCAGAGCAGGCUUUGCAGGAAUUGUUCUCGAAGAUCAGGUGUCUCCAAAAGCUUGCGGUCAUACAGAAGGAAGGAGAGUAUUAUCUAGAGAGGAAGCUGUGAUGAAAAUAAAAGCAGCUGUUGAUGCUCGGAAAGAGAGUGGUUCUGAUAUCGUUAUUGUAUCACGAACAGAUUCUCGUCAAGCAUUGUCCAUAGAAGAAGCUCUCUGGAGAUCACGGGCUUUUGCUGCUGCUGGAGCCGAUGUCCUUUUUAUUGAUGCACUUGCUUCUAAAGAAGAAAUGAAAGCAUUCUGUGAAAUAUCGCCUUCAAUUCCCAAAUUGGUCAAUAUGCUUGAAGGAGGAGGUAAAACACCAAUACUCACUCCUAUUGAACUUGAGGAUAUUGGAUAUAAACUUGUAGUCUAUCCUCUUUCCUUGAUGGCGGGGUCUAUCCGUGCAAUGGAGGAUGCAUUGGUAGCAAUUAAGGGAGGACGAGUGCCUUCUCCUGGAAGCAUGCCAUCAUUUGAAGAGGUCAAAGAAAUUAUAGGUUUCAACUCUUAUUAUGAAGAAGAAAAGCGUUAUGCUACUAAAAGCAAUCGAUCUGUGUGGCAAACAGGUAGCAACAACCCCUACGGUAUCCAAAAAAGAAGUCAAGAUGAUACAGAGCAAACAGGUCAAAGCCCAACUGAGCCUAUUGUCGAGAUUGUAAAUCCAGAUACAUACAGCAAGUAUGGUGGAAGUGAUGGAAAUAAUCCUUUCACAGGGAUCUGGUCUCGUACGUUGAGAGUCAAAAUUAUUGGACGAGACGGAUUUGAAAAACUUGACGUCCGAAUUCCUGCUGGCUUUUUGGAUGGCAUCACGAAUAUCGUUCCAGCUUUAGGAGGUGUAAACAUCAAAGCACUAUUAGAUGAUGCAUCAUUUGAAGUUGGAGGAAAGCUAUUGCUAGACUUUAACGACUCAAUGGGUGACAGGAUUCAAGUCUUUCUGGAGUAAAAUUAUGUAUAGAUUUUCCAUGAAAGAGACUCUGCCAUGUCAGAUUCACCUCACACAUAAAACUAUUUAUAUAUACGUGUAUAUCUUAGUUUUUGAAUAGUUACAAAGUGGGUCUUAUUAAGGCCUUCACAUUUCACAAA